AAAUACUAGACGCAAACUCUUUGAUGAUAGUACAUUUUAAAAAUGACUAAAUUGAGUCUUAGAAUAUUUUUUCCUGUGUGUUUAUUCAGUCUCUUGACAUUGAUACUGUUUAAAAAUCCUGCAUGGAAAUUAGUUAAAUUUACUGAAGACAAAAAACAUGAUGUUGAUUACGAAGAUCUAAUUAACAAGAACGCUAAUAAUGCUAAAAGUAAUGCAUUAAGUAAGGUUACAGAUAGAAAAAGUUUUGAUCUACGUAUCAUUGUACUAGUAUAUGACAGAGCUAAGUCUCUUCAACGACUUCUAAACUCUUUAAAUGAAGCGGAAUAUGCCUCCGAUAUUAUCAAACUCGAGAUUUGGAUUGACAGGUCAGAAUAUGGAAACGUUGAUAACAUCACUUUGCAAGCGGCAAUAAACUUUAAUUAUCUACAUGGCGAUUUUGAGGUCAUUGUCCAUCAACACCAUGUAGGUAUCGUAGGACAAUGGCUUACCACUUGGAAGCCGAAUAUAAACAGCAACGAAAUUGUUGUUUUUCUCGAAGACGACGUUACUGUUUCAAAAUAUUUCUGGAAAUAUUUGAAAAUGGUUCAUCGGAAAUUUGAUAAUCGUUCAGAUAUAAAUGGAUUUUCGUUGCAAGGUUACUCUAGAACAUUUAGUUUAAAACACAAAGUUACAACGUUACGGGGACCAAAAGAUUAUACAGUAUUUCUUUUUCCUGUCCUUGGUUCAUGGGGAUUUUCACCAAGUACAAAAAACUGGAAGCAAUUUUUGGACUGGUUUUAUUCUGAGGAUAAAUCUUCGUUUAACCCUUAUGCUCCUGGAAAUAUAGCAUCGAAUUGGUAUAAAACUUUUUCCAGUCAAGGAAAGGCAAACACAAUGUGGACGAUGUGGCAUAUUUACUACGCCUGGAAAAAUAAUGAAUAUACCUUGCAUUGCAAUUUUCCCGAGAACGCAGGCCUGACAACAAACUGGAGAGAAAAGGGUUUACACUAUUCACACACGGAAGGAUCAUCUAACAAGCUCCUAACGGAAUGGAAAUCAGAGUAUGACAAUCUUCCUGACCACGUCCCAUACCUUAAUCUAUCUGGACAUGUUAUUCACUAUUAAGCUGGUAUCGUUUAUAUUUUUCCUGAGUACAAAAGAAACUAUAUCAAUUCCACAUUGUACUUAAAGCUUC